AUGGCCAUCUCUAAGAACUUACCAUUAUUAAAGAACCACUUUAAGAAGCACUGGCAAGAAAGGGUCAAGGUUCAUUUGGACCAAGCCGGUAAGAAGGUAUCUAGAAGAAAUGCUAGAUUGGCCAAGGCAGCAGCAUCAGCACCAAAACCUUUGGACAAGUUGAGACCAGUUGUAAGAGCUCCAACUAUCAGAUACAACAGAAAAGUCAGAGCUGGAAGAGGUUUCACUCUCGCUGAAUUGAAGGAAGCUGGAUUGAACGCAAAAUACGCCAGAACUAUUGGUAUUGCUGUUGAUCACAGAAGACAAAACAGAUCCCAAGAGACCUUUGAUGCAAACGUCAACAGAUUGAAGGAGUACUUGAGCAAGUUAGUCGUUUUCGACAAGAAGAACAAGGAUACUUCUGGUUACACCCAAGUUUCUACUGCUUCUACUUUCCCUAUUGAACAACCUGAAAUUGAAGUUGGUCCAAGAGCCGUUGAACAACCUGAAGAAUCUGCUUUCAGAACCUUGAGAUUGGCUAGAUCUGACAAAAAAUACAAGGGUAUCAGAGAAAAGCGUGCCAAAGAAAAGGCAGAAGCUGAAGCUGACAAGAAAAAGAAAUAA